GACGUCCUGAACUUCCAAUGUCCGUAACAAACAAGGCAGGAGUAAGAACUGAGGCAGUCGCAAACACAGUAGGUUACUUGUGUUCUCAGGUGUUUAUGGUAACAUUUUUUGUUUGGAGGCUGUCAGGACCACUCAUAUAUUGUCAGGACAAAGGUCGUUGAUUUGUAAUCUGCAGCAGUUCGAACUUUUUCACGAUUGGAAGAGAUUGUUUUCACUCUGAUGGAACAGGGCGAUGGCGUCUUUUGAAUCGAACAGCAUGCAGACAAGCAGGGAGGACGUGGAUGUGAAGCUGCGGGGAGGGCCAGUGCGCAGGAGCCUGUUUGGCCCAGUCGACCACCAGCAGCUGCAGCAGGAUUUCCAGCGCCUGCUGUGCAUGAGCGUGGAGGUGGCCAACAAGAGGUGGAACUUCGACUUCCAGAGAGACAGGCCUGGCCAGGGUUCCAUCGAGUGGGAGGAGCUGCGGUGCCAGGAUGUGCCAGCGUUCUACCGCAACUGUGUGGUGAAGGCCGGGAUCAGGCCCAGGGCACAGGUGCCAGGUGGAGGGGCUACCGACGUCUCCCAAACGCAGGAGUACCUGGAGAUCACAACCAGAGAGACGUACAGAGGCUGCAAGGCUGAGAAACGGCUGGCCUCCUCCAGCCCUCUCAAACGCAGACAGGCCACCAUUACAGACUUUUUUUCUGUGAAGAAGAAGAAGAAGUCUUUACAACAUAAGGGUCCUGUUUUCCAGUAAGCGGAGGGCCUCAGACAACACCAUGAUGAGGGACUAUACAGUGCUCAUGGACAAUAAGUACUCUUCAUCUGUAUAUACAUCUGUAUAUAUAAUUUCUUCACUUACAAUAUUUUGAUGGUUGUCCUGUUUGGGCAAAAAACUUCAGACAAAUAUCUCUUUGUUUUACACAACACCUUUUUGUUUAAGGAGGCUUAAAGUCCCAAGAAACUCAUUACAGUUCACUCGAUGAGACUUUCAUUUGGAAAUAUUUAUAUUGCUGAUUAUAUGUAGCUAUUGACAGAUGUGCUUUAUAGCAACAUUAGUUACCUUACACUAUAAUUUUUAAAGUAUACUGUGAAAAACCCUAACGCACUCUAUUUUUAGCAGAAAAAAAACUUUGUUGGGAGAGGUCAGGACCUUUCCUUGUUUGUGGUGUUAGAAACAAUACCUUUGAUUGUUUUCAUAACACUCCCCAGACUACAAGCCAUUCCAUCCUGCUGGCUUUACUCUACGUGGUGCUCAGUGUGGUUUCGCCCUUUGUUUUAAUCCUGCCUGCUCAGCAAGCCGUGCUCCCUUUAAGCACUGCCCCAGAGGCAUUUUCCCAAGGAGAAAAGGUCAGAAAUCGUAAUGUAGCUUGGACAGUCAGAGAGCCACUGAGAUCACUACUCUGACGCUGCAGCCCCAGCAGAUUCUAAUGACCUUUAGUAAUAAAGUGUUUUUUAUUAGCUUACAAAACAUCCCAUCUAUCCAACUUAAAUCCAAACAUGGUGACAAGCUGUGUGCUGCGUUCAACAUUUAUAUUUUGGCAGAGUGCAUCAAAAAUAGAUUGACCAAUUAAUUUUAUUGUACAAAAUAAUUUUGAAUUUUCUGUCCUAUAAUUUACUUCUGAGCAGCAGAGGAAAUUUUAAAAGCCUUAAAGUAUGACAUAUCUGAUAUUGGUUCGUAGUUUAUAUGUAGCUUUUGUAACACUAUUUUAACAAUGUAGCAAAUUAUAUUCUGCCUUGCCUUUCAUUGUAGCAACAUAUUAGAGGCUCUAAUUGCAACCUUUUAGUAAAUAAAGGGAAUGUAGCACUGAUAGCGUUAGGUUUGAUUAUGAUUUUUCAGAACAGAGUAGGGACAUAUUUUAAUGUGUAAAGGUUUAUACGGUAUGUACAUGUGCAUAAAUGCACACAAAUCAUGAAGAAUACUUCAAACCAUUUAUAAAUCUACCUGCGUCACAGUCGCAUUACUGUGCAGGUUCGUGGAAUUGUGUGUGUGCGUGUGCCUGUGUGCGUGUGUCUUUGUGUGUGUACCAUGCUGUAAAUAGAUUGUAGAUUUUGUUUAAGCGGUUGACCAAAGAAGCUUUGCUCCAUUAAAUUGACAUGAUUGGCAGUUGAAUAAACUCCUUUAAACUUGUUUGACAAAAGGGACAGUGACACUGAAGUGAACCAGCCAAUUUCUACUGAGCCCUUUUUAAAAAAGAUAUACUAUUAUAGUCACCAAAGCAAAUGAUCAGGAAAUGAGAAGAUUAUAUGAAGCUUAAUACAUUCUUUGCAUUAGUGAACUUAGCGUGAUAUAUGGUUGUUACAGUGCUCAUUGUGUCUGUUGCCAAUAUUAGUGCAGAGUUAAAAAAUGACACAUUUUUUGAGAUUUUCUUUGGAGCGGGCUUUACUGUGGGAAUUUUUUGUUUAAGAAAAAAAUAAUUUUAUAGCCAUAACCUGGACUGUCUACCUCACCCGUCCAAUGUUGUACGACUGACAGAAACAAUGUAAAAAUCAGGUCAACUCCCACUACGCCUGUGUCAGAUGUUCCUGGGGGAGAGCUACAUGAGAGGACUGCUCUAGGUUCUUCAUGUUUCUGUUCUACUGGGGUGCACCUGUAUGGCUGCCUUGCUACAGAGUACAUCAGCCAUCGCAGUGAGCCAGUGUGAAAGCCCACUUCAGUCCCGGACUGUGCAGAGGAAACCCAAAUCCUGUGGGAGAUCUGAGCACUGUUGUCUCUGACUCAUUGACGUGCUUUUGUUUGACAAGUUUCCCAGAAACGGUCAGAAUGGGGGUGGGGGGAAGGGUUUUCUAAUAGAAUGAAACAGAGUAUCUGGGCUUGUAUCAAAGGAGUUUCUUGCAAAGACUAACAGCCUUUGGUAUUUCAGAAAAAAAAAUGUUUGUGAUCUGCAAAGGUCUAAACUCUCUUGUCCUCACCAUCUGCCUCAGUGUCUGCACAGUGUGUUUUUAAAAUAUAUACUUUACAGAAGCAAUCAUCAGUUGUCAACAAAUAUGUUGUCAACAAAUAUGCUGUACUUCACAAGUUUACACACCUCACCUCAAGAAUGAGCAAAAAUUUGCUUGGAUGUGCUGUUUGAAUUUUUUUUUUUUUGGUAUGUGCUCUUUUUUUAAUUCUUUCAGUGUGUUCAAAACAGACUUUAAAAGUAUAUUUAACUUAUUCUGAUUAUGCAUUGUCUCAUGUAUAGGAAAAUAAUUAUAAAUUCCAUUUUGUAUAAAACUAACUAAUUGUUUUUCUUUUUUUUUGUACCGUCUUUGCACUACUUGUGUCACGGAUUUAAUAAUAUAUUCUUUCCAAUGGUGUUAUGGGAGACUGGGGGUAUGGCCACAGGACACCUGUGCCCACACAUAGGGGCAGGGACAUUGUGGGCCAGUAGAAUUGGUCUAUGAAGUAGAUGUUCACUAAAAACUCACUGAGGGGAAAAAAGGUCUGAACCUGGCUUUGGUCACGAAGGGCUGUAGUUCACUUCACAGCACAGCUGUCUCCUCUUGACAGUCAUAUUGUCCUCCUGCAAAAGUAAGGCAACUGUCAAAAUUUGAUACCCAUUAUCAUUUUGAGUUAAUAUACGCUAAACAAGAAAGACUUAGGCCCUUUAUACGUCAUGUGGCAUGUAUGAAACAAAUGCUUUUUUUUCCCCAAAGUGCUGUUAGCCCUGAGCCAGCCCCUUCUUAACAGCAAUGACAUGGAGCUAAGGCAUCUCUGCUCUGCCCCUGUAAGCCAGCUGGAGGAAGCAGAAAUGUUUUGGAUGGAAUUUCUCCUGCCUGUUGGUCUCCAACUGCACAGAAGACAUCAAACAGGCCUUAAGUGUGUCUGAAGUAACGUAGAUUUUUUUUUUUUGCACGAGGAAUGUCUCAUUGUUCGAAAAUAUUUCUUCUGAAAACAUUUGUUUCCUCCCAUUGAUUUAUGGCUGCAGCUCGAAGAUGCCUUUAUUUCCAGUCAGUGGUGUAGGGGGGCUAAGGCUCAGGCCUGGCUUGAGCUUUACUUCCGUUAUUAAAGCAAUGUUUCAUACAUACUGCUAUACAAUAUAUAGUAUCAAACCACAGAUUUUGACUGGAGUGCCCUUUUGCUAUAGAUGAGAGUUGAAUUAACCUCACUGUGGGAUACUAACCAAUCUAGUCUUGUGUUUCUACCAGACCCACAAUUGGUGUGUAGCCAUGUAAAAAAAAAAAUUAAUCUGCUACAGGUAUAUUGUCAUGUAUUUUGUGCCUUAUAUGCAUGAGUUAAUUAUACCCUUGUAUACAGUUUAAAUUGACAGUAUAAUUUACUACUGCUUAGGUUUAUAGGGGAGCAAAACAACUUCUUGUUUUUUGCCCAUUCUGUGAUUCAAGUGGUUUCUCCAUUUUCUUUGAUGUUGUGAAUAUACAAUGUUUCAGAACCAAAUCCUACCAUUUAUAAAAAUUGUAUAGUGUAUGAAGUCUCCAUUUUCUAAUAGCUGAAUAAAAAACGAAUUAAUGGAUACAA